AUGGAGCGGAAAAUCCCCCUUAUUGAGGCCUAUUUUAGUGAGCGAGAUGUUCGUUGCAUUCUAAGUACUCCCCUUAGCUCCCUCCCUUUAAAAGAUGAAUGGACUUGGGCAUUCACAAAGGAUGCAUCUUACUCGGUGAAAACGACUUACAUGCUUGGGAAAGGUGGCAAUCUUGACAACUUCCACCAAGCUUGGGUUGAUAUUUGGAGCAUGGAGGUAAGUCCAAAAGUUAGACACUUUCUUUGGCGUUUAUGUACUAACACCCUCCCGGUUCGCGAAUUACUCAAAUAUCGUCACUUAAGUGAUGAUGAUCUGUGUCCACGUGGCUGUGGUGAGAUUGAGUCACAAUCGCACGCUAUUUUUGGCUGCCCUCUCUUACGUGAUUUUUGGUGUGAAAGUGGCUGUGAAAGCUUUCGAAGUUUAGCUGUGGCUGGUCCAAUGAGUGAGGCCCUCGUGAAUAUGCAUGAACUGGAUAUGGGAGUUCGAAUUAAGGGGGCAUUUCUUUCUUGGGUGCUGUGGAGUGACCGGAACCUUCUUGUUUUCCAAAACAAAGUCACUCCCCCAGUAAUCCUCCUUGAGCGUGUGAACCGGCUAGUGGAAGAAAAUGGUGCUUACACUAAAAAGAUUUACCCUCUUUGGGCCCCUCUCGCUAAUGCUAGCCCACGUAUAUGGUUAGCUCCUCCACCUGGGAUCAUAAAGCUUAACGUGGAUGCUUCUCUAAUAGUUGAAGGAUGGGUUGGUUUGAGUGCUGUUGCGCGUGACUCGGGCGGGAGUGUACUCUUUUCAGCUAUUCGCAGAGUGCGCUCUUAUUGGUCAGCGGAAAUUGCAGAAGCAAAGGCCAUUGAGAUGGCUAUUCGAUUGGGGAAACGUUAUGCUCUGCAGGCGGUUAUUGUGGAAUCCGAUUGUCAAGUGGUUAUAAAUCGCCUCUCCAAAAAUGCUAUCUAUCUUGCUGAUCUGGAUAUUAUCCUUUAUAACAUUCUUUCUUCUUGUGUUUGUUUUACUUCCAUUAUAUGGUCUCAUGUAAAACGUGAUGGGAAUGCUGUUGCCCACCAUUUAGCUAAGCUAACUCCUUUUGGUGUUGAACAAAUUUGGGAGAACCACUAUCCCCCGGAAGUGGCUCCUUAUAUUUUGAUGGACAAUUUGUCCUUGGAUUAA